AUGGUGUGUUGCCGAAUUCCAUUUCGUCAAGCUGGCCAGUGUAAUGUCACAAUGUCAAAGAAACUAGGUCAAAUUGACAUUCAAUUUUCUCUAUUUUCUUUGAAGACGGAGGCUUUAGCUUUCGUCAAGGUGCCGGAUGCAGAAUGCGGUCGACUGUGGUGUAUGCAUCGAAAUGAGAAGGCGAUGCUACUGGGUUGGGAGAAGUCCCAACGACGAGUUGACCCCUACUCCCAGCGGACGUGUGUCGCACUGGUCUACGACCCUCUUGAUCCCCUCCAACACACCGAAGUCACAGCUGAAACGGGAUUUCCUGGUCCUGGAUGGGGAAACGCCGCCUCCGUCACUCAGGAUGCUGGCAUGACACCUGAUGGAACACCAUGUCAAAGAGGAGUUAGUCUUAUAAUUCAUUUAACCUUAAGGAGUAACGUUUUUAAAACUUGA